UAGCAUCAUCACUCACUCGCUUCCUCAACUUUCCCUUUCCAAUUGGGCAGAUUUUCCAAAAGCAAAGGAAUCAAAACUCACCACUGCAUCAACACCACCAAAUCAUCAUUGUCAUCAUACAAGCAUUCUCUCCCUUUCUUUUCCACUCACUUCAAACAUGUACAUACACCACCGAACCCACCCUUAGUUUUAGGAAUCUAGUAAACCAAAACUAACAAAAACCCGAUGUUAUUGGACUUCUGAUGACACCUCCCUAACAAACUAAAUCUCCGAUAUUCAAAGUUCCAACGAUGGAAUCUUCAUUCCUCACUCUCAACAACCCUCCGAAGAAGAACUUGUUCUUCACACUUGAGCAUAGCAAAAGCAACCGACUUUAUUGAGAGGGGCAGAAGCAAGAAACAAAAACCACCCUAUGGAGAUUCAACAAAGCGUGAAGGUCAUGGUCCACAAGAAAUGGCCAUCACACAAAGGAGCAAAAGAAUCAGAACCAAUAAUAAGCACUCCGAAGCCGAAAUGGAAGAAGAUCUUCUUCCACACCAAAACCAAAACCAAAACCAAAACCCAAACUCAAAACCAAAACCAACCUGAAGAGUUCCUCUGCCCCAUUGCAGGUACACUCAUGGCAGACCCAGUCAUUGUCUCUUCAGGCCAUUCCUUCGAACGUUCUUCCGUGGAAGCAUGUAAAAAUCUCAACUUUACCCCUCAACUCUCCGAUGGCACCACCCCAGAUUUCUCCACCGUAAUCCCCAACCUCGCCCUCAAAUCCGCCAUAGUCAAAUGGUGCAAAACCACCUCAACACCCCCACCCCACCAUUCCUCCAACCCCAACCUCGUACGCACCUUAAUCUCCUCGAACCCAACCCUACAAAACAGCAACCCCGUCACAGACAAAGACUUAAUUCGAGGAGUUAACAAAAACCCAAAACCCAACCUUCUCCACCACGCGCAAACUGAAGUCCCUCGUAGACCCACGCACUUGUACACUAGCUCCGAGGAAUCCAUAGCCACAACCUCAGCCUCAACCCCACCUCUUCAGCUCUCCACGCGUCCCAGUUGCUGCUACUCUUCACCUUCCUCUUCAGAAAUCGAAACCGCCACAACCCCAGAAGAAGAAGAGAUCAUGGCCAAACUAAAAAACCCUCAAGUUUUCGUGAUCGAAGAAGCACUCGUUUCGCUCAGAAAGCUGACGAGAACGAGAGAAGAAACAAGGGUUCAACUCUGCACCACUCGGUUACUCUCUGCUCUACGUUCCCUCGUUGUUUCAAAAUACACCAACGUUCAGGUCAACGCUCUUGCCUCUGUGGUCAACCUUUCGUUGGAGAAGAACAACAAAGUGAAGAUCGUGCGGUCAGGGAUCGUUCCACCGUUGAUCGAGGUUUUGAAGUUUGGAUCCUCUGAGGCGCAGGAACACGCUUCUGGUGCACUCUUCAGUUUGGCACUUGAAGAUGAUAACAAAACCGCAAUUGGGGUUUUGGGUGCUCUUUCGCCGUUGCUUAACACGCUCCGAUCCGAGAGCGAGCGAACUCGGCAUGACUCGGCUUUGGCGCUUUAUCAUCUUUCUUUGGUGCAGAGUAACCGGGCCAAGAUGGUUAAACUCGGGUCGGUUCCGGUUCUUUUAAAUAUGGUCAAAUCGGGUCAUAUGAUGGGUCGAGUUCUUUUGAUUCUGGGCAACUUGGGUUCCGGGUCGGAAGGGCGGGCUGCGAUGUUGGAUGCGGGUGCGGUGGAGUGUUUGGUGGGGCUGUUGGGUGGGACCGAGUUGGGGACCAGGUCGACUCGGGAUAGUUGCGUGGCGGUUUUGUACGCGCUGAGUCACGGCGGGUUGAGGUUUAAGGCGGUGGCGAAGGCGGCGGGGGCGGUGGAGGUUCUGCAAAAGGUGGAGAAAGUAGGGAGUGAGAGGGGUAAGCAUAAAGUGAGGAAGAUAUUGGAGAUUAUGAGGGCUAAGGAGGUGGAGGAAGAGGAUGUGGACUGGGAAGAGUUGCUUGACUCGGGGCUGGGUUGUCGAACUCGGACUCGACUCGGGAGUGGGUUCGACGAGUCAAGUGCUAACUCGGCCGAGUUUUGAGUACAGCUCAAUUUUUUGUUUUUUUAAUGUAAUUAUUGGAUUUUGGGUUUUUUUUAAAGACAAUGCUGUGAUUAGGGUUCUGAUUAUGAUGUCAUUUUUUUUUUCACAUUGUUUUCUGAUCUUUUAUGUUGGAUGGAGAAUUGGUGAAUGUCUUGUUUUGAGGGUGGAAAUAGAAAUGAUUUUUCAGGUGAAAAUGAAUUGUGUAGGGAAACAAAGAAAGGUGAUUGAAUAAAUGAAGAGAAAGACUAAUAAAGUCGAUGAUUUUUGGAGCAGAAAGUGCGGAGGGAGCGUUUGUGUAUAUGCUUAUGC